CCACAGUGGCUGGAAUAAAAGGAGCCAGGGAGAGGAGAAGGGCAUUCAUUUCGGCCUCCAGCACACAGAUUUUGUUACCAAGGUUGCAUACCUCCACACACACUCCUACCAUGACCAGUUACAGCUACAGGCAGUCUUCCACUUCUGUUGGAGGAGGGCUAGGUGGUCAUUCCUCCUUCCGAGCUCCAAGCAUUCAUGGCGGAUCUGGUGGCAGGGGCAUUUCUGUCUCUUCUGCUAGAUUUGUGUCCUCUGGGGCUGGAGGUGCCUUGGGCGGUGGAUAUGGAGGAGGGAUGAGUGGAGGUAGCUACGGUGCUGGCUUUGGUUCUGGCUUUGGAGGAGGCUUUGGAGGUGGGUUUGGUGGUGGAUUUGGUGGUGGAUUUGGUGGUGGAGCUGGUGGUGGAGCUUGCAACGAUGGCCUCCUUUCUGGCAAUGAAAAGAUAACUAUGCAGAACCUGAAUGACCGCUUGGCAAGCUACCUGGACAAGGUGCGUGCCCUGGAGGAGUCCAACUCAGAUCUAGAGGUGAAGAUUCGAGAGUGGCACCUGAAACAGGGCCCUGCUAGCCCUGCCCGUGACUACAGCCAUUAUUACAAGACCAUUGAGGACCUCAGAGACAAGAUUCUUGAUGCAACCAUUGACAACAACAAAAUUGUCCUGCAGAUUGACAAUGCCAGGCUGGCUGCUGAUGACUUCAAAACCAAGUUUGAGACUGAGCAGGCCCUGCGUAUGAGUGUUGAAGGUGACAUCAAUGGCCUGCGCCGCGUCUUGGAUGAACUGACCUUGGCUAGAGCUGAUCUUGAAAUGCAGAUUGAAAGCCUGAAGGAGGAGCUGGCUUACCUUAAGAAAAACCAUGAGGAGGAACUGGGUGCUCUAUCAGGGCAGCUGGGUGGCCAAGUGAGCGUUGAAGUUGACUCUGCUCCAGGAGUUGAUCUCACCAAGAUCCUGACUGACAUGAGAAACCAAUAUGAAUUACUGGCUGACCAGAACAGGAGGGAUGCUGAAGCAUGGUUUACCACUAAGACUGAGGAACUGAGCCAUGAGGUUGCUGUCAACACUGAACAGCUUCAAACCAGCAAGACUGAGAUCACAGACUUGAGGCGUACCCUCCAAGGUUUGGAGAUUGAGCUGCAGUCUCAGCUCAGCAUGAAAGCUGCUCUGGAAGGCACCUUGGCAGACACAGAGAAUCGCUACAGUGCUCAGUUGUGCCAGAUACAGAAUCUGAUCAGCAACAUUGAAGCACAACUGGUGGAAGUCCGCGCAGACAUGGAACGUCAAAACAGCGAUUAUAAGAUGUUGAUGGACAUCAAGUCUCGUCUGGAGCAGGAGAUCCAGACCUACCGCCAGCUUCUGGAUGGCCAGGACCUCCACUUCUCGGGAUCUGGUUCUGGAACCACUGAUAAAUCUGGAGAUGGCAAGAAGCAGUAAAGAGCAUGGCUUCUUCUAGCAGGAACACAUGAAACAGACCAAAGAUUUGUAACGGACCAUGGCUGUAACCCACAGAUGAAAAUAUAGUCUCACGUUCUGAAGUUGGGUGGCUGAAGGGCUUAUUUUGACGUGACUCUUUGACUUAGUUUUUACUGUUCUUCCCUUUCAGUUUGGUGUCUCUUCUACCUAAUAAAACUCUUUUUGGUUCCUGUGCAUCUAAA